AUGAGCAAAUCCUCCUCCUCUAUUAUCACGGAGAUGAGCGUCACCAACAAGUCGCAUAAUGAAACUGUUAUUUCACGACUGAAGAAGCAUAUGGACCGCGUCCAGAAGAAAUGGGGUCCGCUUAUGGCUGCGAAGGAAGACCUCGACGACGAGUACAACCUCCCAGAAGGCCCAUAUGCUGGUCAAGGUAUCCCGAAGAGGAUGAGAAACUGGUGA